UUUUGAAUCUCAUACUCCCAGUUGCGGUUUUCGUAAGGUAAAGUGUGUGGAGAAACCAAUAAAAAAAAAGAUGGCUGACAAUUCCCAGGCUCAGAACCUCAGCUACCAAGCUGGCGAGACCAAGGCCCAUGCUCAGAUGAACAAGGCUCAGAUGAUGGAUAAGGCAGCCAAUGCUGUCAAUUCUGCCAAGCAAUCAUGUCAAGAGACUGGUCAACAAAUGAAAUCCAAGGCAGAAGGAGCUACAGAAACAGUCAAGAACGCAAUGGGCAUGAACAAAUGAAAAUGAUAGAAUUUUUUUUUUCUUUUAUUUGAUCAUAUUUUCAUGCUUUAAUUGAAGAAGAGCUUAUAAUUGUUCUUGUUCUUUCAACAAUGAAGAUUGCUCUCUAACAGACGGAGCUCUAAGAACGACCUUCAAUCAAUAAUUUUUCUAGUAGCAUGCAACAGAUUCUUUUAAAGGU